AUGGCAACUCUUCUCUCUCCGGGCGAGGUUCGCCCCGUCGCCGCCGUCAGCAAGGAGGACGACGAGUACCAGGACAACUUCAACAUUCACCUGAUCUGCCCGGACUGUCGCGAAACGCCGCCUAACCUGGUGGAAGAAUUCUCGAGCGGCGACACCGUCUGCGGAUCCUGUGGCCUUGUCUUGUCUGCCCGUGUGGUCGACACUCGUUCCGAAUGGCGUACCUUCUCCAAUGACGACCAGAACGGUGACGAUCCUUCGCGUGUCGGUGAUGCUGCCAAUCCUCUGCUCAACGGAUCCCAGCUUGCAACCAACAUCUCGUUCGGCGAUGGCAACGCUCGCAGUAAAGAGCUCCACCGGGCCCAGAACAAGUCCGGUGUUGAUAAGAGCAACAAGUCGCUUCUGCAGGCCUACAAGUCUAUCGGCGGUUUGUGUGACCGCUGGUCACUCUCCAGCUCUAUCACGGAUACCGCCAAGCAUAUGUACAAGAUGGCCGACGAUUCGCGCAACUUCAAGGGCAAGUCGGUGGAUUCGGUAGUUGCUGGGUGCAUCUUCCUUGCAUGCAGACAGAACAACAAUCCCCGCUCCUUCCGCGAGUUGCACGAUCUUACGGGAGUCUCAAAGAAAGAGAUCGGCCGUAUUUUUAAGCUCCUGGACUCGUUCUUCAACAAGCAGAACAAGGCUGGUAACGCCAUGACUACCGGUGGUAUGGUUAUGCCUAGCGAUUCAUACAAGUCGAAGGAAGCCACAUCUGCUCCGGAGCUGUGCAUGCGUUACUGCAAUGCUCUCGGUAUGCGGCCCCGUCCGACGAUGCUUGCGCAGAAUCUUGCCGAGAGGAUGGUAAAGCGUGGUUGCCUGGCCGGUCGCUCACCCCUGUCUGCAUGCGCUGCUUGCAUUUAUAUGAUUAGCCACCUGAUCGGCGAACCCCUGUCGGCCAAAGAUAUCGCUCCUACUGCAGGUGUCAGCGAUGGAACCAUCCGUACGGCGUACAAACUUCUGUACAACUACCGCGACAGCCUCCUUAUCGAAGACAACUGGGCCAAGGAGAAGGGUCUCGAUAUGUCCAAGCUUCCCGUUGCUUAG